GAUAAUUUGUACAUGUUCGCUUUAUCUGGUUUUACAAAAUCUGUCUCCUUUCGUCCAUUAUUUCAUAUAUUACCGACGUUACGUUAUUCAUUUUAUUCAACAACGAUAAAAAGAAUGGGAGUACAAAAGUUAAACGAAGAGGAACGCAAUACACUUCUUUCACCAUUACUUUCCGAUUCUUGGGAAAUGGUACAAGACCGGGAUGCAAUAAAGAAAAAUUUUACUUUCAAGGAUUUUAACGAAGCAUUUGGUUUCAUGACUAGAAUUGCAUUAAGAGCAGACAAGGUUGACCACCAUCCAGAAUGGUUCAAUGUAUACAAUCGUGUAGAAAUAACACUUGCAACACAUGAAUGUAAAGGUCUCUCUCAAAGAGAUGUGAAUCUUGCAAAAUUCAUUGAUAAUGUCUACGCUACUUUUACCAAUUAAUUAACAUUUACGGGUUAUUUUUAUACAAACAAUGUAAUAAAAAAGAUUUCUCACCAUGUUAA